AUGAAUGACGAUUUCAUCGACAGUAUUGAUCUCAUUGAUCACAGAAAAGUGACCAUGGUCACCAAUGUGGGCACCAAUCAUCACCCGAGUACCUCUUCCUCUGCCAACCACUUGUCCAUCAACUCAAAUGUUCACAAUAAGAGAGUUGUAUUCGAAGUCGAAUCCAAUGAAAGGAAGUCCUCGAAGACAGAGCCGAACCGUUACUUCUGUGUGUAAUGAAUGAAUCGGUUGUGUUAUGCAAACACUUGAUUGCGUCCAAACUCUCAGAAGCGAUGAAUUUGUGUAAAAUUGUGACUAAAAAUAACGAAGAAAUGGAUCGCUUGUGGACUAAACAUAUUCUCAUUUAAAUCACAAUUCAAGUCAACAGUUGGACAACAAUUAUCACAUUUAAUUAAUUAUUAAUGUUUUAAUUACU